AUGGCUACAGCUGAACGUUCUACCGAAGAUGCUGAAGCUUCAUCUAUUACUAGUACCCGUCUAAGAAAAAAACUAAGCGUUAAAGAAGAAUUCUCACAAUACCUACGGGUGAUACAUAAUGGUCUUGAUAAUAUUAUUAACAUUGUCUCUCAUUGUGAAUUCUAUUGGGAAAGACAAAUUGUUGAAAUUGAAGAUAUUAUCAAUAAGUUAGGACGUGGCGAACAACGAAUGACUAAAGUUAUCUCUAGGACUAUUUUGGAGAAGUCAAAGAAAACUCGCGCGAAUUCUGAAGGUUACAGUUUCAAUGUGCGACAAGCUAUAAAUAGAGAUUUGAUAGCAGUAAGAACUUUGUAA